GAGGCACGGGGAGGAGGCGGCUGUGAGACUCCGAUUUUCCGAGAGGGAAAAAGAGAGGGGCUUCCGAAAGCUCGAAACCCUAAGAGCUACUCAUUAUUUCCCAAUAGCGAAAGAAAGAGAUCGAGUUUUAAUUCCUUUUUUGGGGAGGAGGAGAUUGCUUGCUUGCUUCGCUCUCGGUCACUCUUCAAUUUGUUGUUUCUUGUUUUUUUUUUCCCCGCAAUCUCAAACCCAUCUUGUUCCAGUCGAAGCUUGGUGUUCUUCGGGUGGAGAGUGAUAAUAAUUGCAGUGAGAAGCUCUUUUUUUGCAUGUUAUUUGUUUGUUUGUUUUGGUUGGGGGGUGAGAAAGGGAGGGAGGGAGGCAGGCGGUGAGUCACACACACAGACAGACCCAUCGAACAAACAAAAUCCAAUCCUCAAAAUUGACUCGCCACAGCCACUCGCUCAGCGUGCGUGGGACAAACCCUAAAAACAUUUCCCCCCAUUUCAACACAAACGCUCCUCUCCACACGCGCAAGCCUUCCCACUCGCCCCCUGCUUCUCGGCUUUUCUUCCCAGAUGCUAUACUUGAAUUUAGAAUGGAAACACGUUAACUUCAGUAGUGAUAUGAAAGUUCCUCUCAGCACACAAAACCUAAGGUAUGGAAAAAAUGAGAAGCACAAAGCAGGUCUCAGGAUGUUUUUUGAUGAGUAAGAUAAAGAUUUCAUUAAUGAUUAAAGGGGAUGUUCAGUACACAAGAGAUCCACUUAACAGUCAAAGGUGAUAAUGUGAACUGGAGCAAGAAGUGGCAGACUGUCAAGAAUCAAGGUAACAUCCGAUAAUAGUUCGCCAGAUUUGGUUUAUUCUCAUCAUGGACAUAGAUCUUAGGCUACCUUCUGGUGAGCAUGAUAAGGAAGAUGAAGAACCAAAUGCAAUUGAUAACAUCUUGAAUGUUGAUGAGAAACUGCAUAAUGGAGAUGUAGAGGGUGACCAUAUGGUUGAUGUUGGAGUUGAGGUACGCAUUGAAGAUGGUGGAGAUUUGAUUUCUCCCACGGUGGAUAUGGUAGUGUUUAAAGAGGAUAUGAAUCUUGAGCCACUUUCAGGUAUGGAAUUUGAAUCACAUGGAGAAGCUUAUUCAUUCUAUCAAGAAUAUGCUCGGUCUAUGGGAUUCAACACUGCGAUACAAAACAGCCGGCGUUCAAAGACUUCAAGAGAAUUUAUUGAUGCCAAAUUUGCUUGUUCUCGAUAUGGGACCAAGCGAGAGUAUGACAAAUCCUGCAAUCGACCACGUGCUAAACAGAACAAGCAAGAUUUGGAAAAUGCAACUGGUCGACGGUCAUGUGCGAAGACAGACUGCAAAGCAAGCAUGCAUGUGAAGAGAAGGUCAGAUGGUAAAUGGGUUAUACAUACUUUCAUGAAGGAGCAUAACCAUGAGCUACUACCAGCCCAGGCUGUGAGUGAACAAACAAGAAAGAUGUAUGCUGCAAUGGCUAGACAAUUUGCUGAAUACAAAAAUGUGGUUGGUCUCAAGAAUGACCCCAAAACCCCAUUCGAAAAAGGUCGCAAUUUGGCACUAGAAGCAGGAGAUGUCAAGAUUUUACUUGAUUUUUUCACACAGAUGCAAAAUAUGAAUUCCAAUUUCUUUUAUGCUGUAAAUCUGGGAGAAGAUCAACGACUGAAAAAUUUUUUCUGGAUUGAUGCCAAAAGUAGGCAUGACUAUAAGACUUUCAGUGAUGUAGUGUCAUUUGAUACUACUUAUGUUAAGAACAAAUAUAAGAUGCCUCUUGUUAUAAUUGUUGGGACGAACCAACACUAUCAAUUCAUGUUGCUUGGAUGUGCCCUGAUAUCAGAUGAAAGUGCAACAACAUUUUCUUGGUUAAUGCGAACAUGGCUGAAAGCAGUGGGUGGGCAAGCUCCGAAAGUAAUGAUCACUGACCAUGACAAAACCAUUAAAUUAGCUGUUUCCGAGGUCUUUCCAGAUGCUCAGCAUUGCUUUUGUUUGUGGCAUAUAUUGGGGAAGGUUUCUGAAAAUCUUGGUCACGUAAUCAAACAGCAUGGAAAUUUUAUGGCAAAAUUUGAAAAAUGCAUCUUCCAGUCAUGGACAAAUGAAGAAUUUGAAAAAAGGUGGUGGAAAAUUCUUAAUAGAUUUGAACUCAAAGAAGAUGAAUGGAUGCAGUCACUAUAUGAAGAUCGUAGACUAUGGGUGCCAACAUAUAUGAAGGAUGUGUGUUUGGCUGGGAUGUCCACAGUUCAGCGGUCAGAAAGUGUAAAUUCCUAUUUUGAUAAGUAUGUGCACAAGAAGACCACCAUACAAGAAUUUGUGAAACAAUACGAACCAAUUAUACAAGAUCGGUAUGAAGAGGAAGCCAAAGCAGAUUCUGACACGUGGAACAAACCACCUGCAUUAAAAUCUCCUUCCCCUCUGGAGAAGAGUGUUUCAGGGGUGUACACACAUGCAUUAUUCAAGAAAUUUCAGGUUGAGCUUCUAGGUGUAGUUGCUUGUCAUCCUAAAAAAGAAAGACAAGAUGACACAAUAACUACUUUCCGAGUUCAAGAAUUUGAAGGGAGUCAAGAAUUUAUUGUUAUAUGGAAUGAAAUGAAAUCAGAAAUUUCCUGUAUAUGUCGACUGUAUGAGUACAAAGGUUAUCUUUGUCGACAUGCAAUGAUUGUUCUUCAAAUGUGUGGCCUUUCUGCCAUUCCAUCCCAGUAUAUUUUGAAACGGUGGACGAAAGAUGCAAAGAGCAAGCAUUUGUUGGGAGAAGAAUCGGGACUAAUGCAAUCUAGGGUGCAAAGAUACAACGAUUUAUGUCAACGGGCGAUGAAACUGAGUGAAGAGGGAUCUCUUUCUUUGGAGAGUUACAGUUUUGCAAUCCAUGCACUAGAUGAAGCUUUUGGAAGCUGUGUGAGUAUGAAUAAUUCUACUAAGGGCCUCGAAGAAGCUGGCACAUCAGAUACUCAUAUUCUACUUUGCAUGGAAGAAGACAACCAAAGUAGAAGUACUGGGAAGACAAAUAAAAAAAGGAAUCCAACAAAGAAAAGAAAGGUGAACCCUGAAUCUGAUGUUAUGACUGUUGGGGCAGAAGACAGCUUGCAGCAAAUGGAGAAAUUAAGCUCAAGAGCAGUAACCCUUGAUAGCUACUACAGCAGACAACAGAGCAUGCAAGGAAUGGUACAACUGAACUUAAUGGCACCAACACGUGAUAAUUACUAUGGGAAUCAGCAGACCAUUCAGGGGCUGGGGCAAUUGAACUCAAUAGCACCAAGCCAUGAUGGUUAUUACAAUGCUCCUCAAAGCAUGCAUGGGCUGGGACAGAUGGAUUUUUUCCGAACACCAACUGGCUUCACCUAUGGCAUUCGAGAUGAUCCCAAUGUGAGGGCUGCACAACAGAUGCAUGAUGAUGCAUCCAGACAUCUGUGAGACGCAACUUUCUCAUUAUGAAGGUAGUUCGCAUUUGAAAUGAAUUUUAUCUGUUGGCCCCAAAAAGUUUUUGAAAAAAAGGCUACAUUAGAAUUCUUUACCUUGUAGGUGGGGCUUAGCUAAUGUCUCUACUAAGAAUGAUAUGUAUCAUGCCUUGUAAAAGGAAGGAUUACGAUAGAGCACCUUCCUUUGUUGUCUAUAAAUUAUAUGAUAAGAUGGACUAGGCUGUUGCUGUUUAUCUUCACCAUUUCUUUUGAAAUUUCCCCGAGAGUUGGAACAGAUUUGAGGUAGGGUUGCAUCUCUUGUAAAAGUUGUUGUAUUAAUGAUCUGUGACUGGUAAUUCUAGAUAGGAGCAAUCAAAAUCUGUGUUACAUAACGAUUGGCUGAUAUGUUAUCUAUGUAUUUUGGCCAAUCAAUGUAUUUUGCAACUCCACAAGUGGUAACAGGAGCAGGCAUGUUGAAAAUAGUUCA